AUGUUACGAUCGUGUUGCCGACCGUUGGAGAGAUGUUUUGGGAGGCGGAGCGGUGACGGACUGUUUUGGCACAUGGAUUUGAAGCCUCACGCUUCCGGAGACUUCUCGAUCGCCGUCGUUCAAGCCAAUUCGAGCCUCGAAGACCAGAGUCAGGUCUUUACAUCGCCGUCGGCUACGUAUGUCGGAGUCUACGAUGGCCAUGGUGGCCCCGAAGCUUCUCGCUUCGUCAACAAACACCUAUUCUCUUAUUUACAAAAAUUUUCUACGGAAUACGGGGGAAUGUCUGCAGAUGUGAUAAAGAAGGCAUUUAAUGCGACAGAAGAGGAUUUUGUCCAUCUAGUGAAGCAAUCAUUGCCGCUUAGACCUCAGAUUGCUUCGGUUGGAUCGUGUUGUCUUGUAGGUGCAAUCUCGGAUGGUGAAUUGUUUGUGGCCAAUCUAGGAGACUCGAGGGCUGUUCUUGGUCGGAGAGAUUUGGAGGACCCAAAGAGUACAGUGGUGGCGGAACGCUUGUCCACGGAUCAUAAUGUCUCAUGUGAGGAGGUCAGGAAGGAGGUGGAGUCACUUCAUCCCGACGAUUCGGCUGUUGUGGUCUAUUGCCGUGGAGUAUGGAGAAUUAAAGGCAUAAUUCAGGUGUCAAGAUCUAUUGGUGACGUCUAUUUGAAGAAACCUGAGUUUAAUAGAGACCCAAUUUUGCAGCAAUUUGGAAACCUUGUCCCAUUGAAAAGGCCUGUUUUGUCAGCAGAGCCCUCGAUCAUUAAAAGAAAGCUUAAGCCACAGGACUUAUUCUUGAUAUUUGCCUCAGAUGGGCUAUGGGAACAUUUGAGUGAUGAAACAGCAGUGCAGAUAGUAUUGAAGAACCCAAGAGCUGGAAUAGCCAAGAGAUUGGUAGGAGCUGCCCUUGGGGAGGCUGCAAAGAAGAGGGAGUUGAGAUACGCCGACAUAGUGAAAAUCGAGAAGGGAAUUAGGCGUCAUUUCCAUGAUGACAUUACUGUGAUAGUGAUCUAUCUUAAUCAUCACAAAGGCCGCCCCACCAAUCGGAAAUCUAAGCAAGGAACUCCCGGCGGCAUUACUGCUCCUGUCGACAUCUUUUCAUAUAAUUCAAAUGAAAUCGUGGAAAAUCCAUAUGAUUAA